CAGUUCUGGUUCAUUUUUUCUAUCGAGAACAAGUUAGUGGUGCGUUGACUGUGAUAAUUCCUUUUGGGCUAUGAUUAAGGUAAUCUACGGCGUAGUGCUUUGUGUAGCGGCGGCACGAUGUGAACCCCCGGUGCCUCAUUAUGGACCCCCCAUAAGCAGUUACGGAACUCCAAACUACAACGCGGACUUCAACCACGAGCACAGCGCGCCCAAAUCCUACGAGUUCGGUUACCAGGUGAAAGACGACUACACUGGAAACAAUUACAACAGGCAGGAGACGAGCGAUGGUAACCAGGUGAAUGGCGAAUACAGGGUGCAUUUGCCCGACGGACGUAUCCAAAUCGUCACGUACUACGCGGACUGGCAGACCGGCUUCCACGCCGACGUCCGCUACGAGGGCACGGCCUCGUAUCCUGAAGACUACGGUCACCGGCAGUACGGCCCUCCAGGUUAUGGCGGAAGUGGUAACUCGCCGGCGACAAGUUCCGUUUCAAUCAAAGAUUAUUCAGGUCCGGCGACACCAUACAAUGCCGGCGGCGGCGGUUACGCUAACAACUACCACGGCGGCUAUGACAGUUACGCUAACCCCGACAAUUACGCGCCCAGAACCGGCCCACCGCCAACGUAUGGGGCACCGUAGUCAAGUUCAGUAUUUCAGAAGUUCGUCCCUAUGGGGCUGAUCAG